CUUGUAGGCACCCCAAGGGCUCGUGGCGUCCCAGGAAGAAAUUUUUCGUAUGAAAAGGGAUCAGUUUUAGAUGCUGAAGAAAACAGAGAGCUGGAGUUCAAAUCCCUUGUAAGUGCCCCUUCUUGCUCUCUGCCAUGGAAAGUAAUGGAAAAGGCAAAGAAGUUCAUUUGUGCCUGUUUAAAUGCUGAUAGACAAGGCAUCAUUUACUUUGGUGUUGGGGAUAGCCUGGAGAAAGAUUCGAAAUAUCACCAUGGAGAAAUCAUUGGGCUUGAGGUUGAGCACAUGAGAGAUGAUAUCAACAAAGCAUUUCAGUUUGUCCUUGAUGAUCAUAUUAAAAGCGAUGCUGGGCCACUGCAAAAAGGUGGAGAACAGAACUGCGUUAAUAUGUACUUCGUCCCUGUAAAAAGCCAAGGAACCCGUUCUCAUUCAUUUGUUAUUGAGAUAGAGGUGGCUCGCGAUUGGCGAUUCUGCAAAGAUAAAGUAUAUUACUCGAAAAGCUGGACUGAGAAGCGUGGGGUAUACAAGGAAAGCGGUGAAAAGAGAGCAUUGAGCGACUUCUUUAAGGUCAAAGAUGAGUUUGAUGACGUUGCAAUUCGUACCAAUGGCGCGUCUACUAGUGUUAAACCAUAUGAAGUCGAACGCCAAGUGAAGAAACCUCUUGAGGUUAAGUACAAGGAUUGGAGGAAGAAGACAAAACAAGGUAAAGACAAUUUUAUUGAGUACUGACAUAGGAAAAAUAAUAAUAAAAUUAAUUAUAGGUUCUUGAACAUAUUAAUCCCAAAUCGCUUAAAAGUAAGAUAGGAGCUAACAAAAGGAAACUCAAGUGACUAAAAAUAAGAUGAGCAAAGGGUCAACUGAUGAGUCUGUAAUUUUCAUUAAUUUAACUUCAAUCUUGAGUAAAACAUCGUACCUACACCUAAGAUUACAUGGUUUAAUCUUUUCAGUUGAACAAAUUUUUAAUUUUACUCAUGUUCACUCAUGGCACCAUUCUAACUUAAGUGACUGAUUUAAAAGCUAAACUUUUCGCUAACAAGAGCUUAGCCUGUAUUAAAAACAAGUGCUGUGGGUUAGUGCUCUUUAUUGUAUCAGUAGCACCUGCAAAUAACGUAGCAUGAUUUUCUUUGUUGAGUAAAUUAGUGAAAUCGUCUUAACGGCCUGAUGGCGGUUUUUUAAAGGAAAGACGCCGCUUUCUUAUUCCAUGAAUUUUUUACCUUUUUUCAGGUGGUUACGAAAUACCUGAAGGUAAGUGCUAUUUUUGUCUUUUUACUGGGCCUGGCACCAAACGUUUAACUGCGAUUGACCGAGAACAGUGUUGCAUUCUUUCAAUGCACCUUAUGCUUAUGUAACAAACUUGGAUAAUAAAAAUUCUCAUUUCUAUUUUAGCAGAACCCAGUUUGGAGGAUGCCGAUGCCAAAAGAUACAGUGACGUUUUAAGGGAACGUUUACGUGACCUUAAUUUCAAAGAAAAUGGUUUCAUACUCAUCGCCAACAAGUUGCCUGCCAAGUACAGAGGAACAGCACAUUUGUCUUUCCUACAAAAUAUACCUUGGGUGACGGUCUUUGACCUGUUUGAUCCUUCCUCCAAGAAAGAUGGCUUACACCAUGCCUGUAACGAGACAAGCGACGCACCACGAGCAAAAAUCAGAACCCUUGACGAAUUCAAAGAGAUAACUCCAGACAAAGAUUCACUUAUCUCAACUCGAAGCACAACUUGGAUUUUUAACAGUGAAGAAAUGCAAAAAGGGGACUGGAUUAAGUGUUCCAAGGACUGUUUGUACCGCGCUUUAUCAGCAUACAAACAGUGCUUUCCUCCUGGAAACCUUAUCUGUGUUUUCCUCUGUCUUAGUGAGAAUGCUGUUGAUGAAAUGGCAGAUAUCAUGGAGAGCAGUUUUAGCAUUCUUGGAAAUUCGGCAAGGAAUUGUGUAACUAUUCUAAGUGAGUCCAGAACUGUGGCGGAGCCAAUCAUCAAGGCUUCAAAACCGUCACUACAGAAAGAACUUGGCGAAUGUUCUGUAAUUGGCAUUCCAUGGAGCCUUCUGAAAGAAAUUGUACGUGAAUUGGUGGGUCCAUCUAAAUUCGAAGAAAAAGGUGCCACAACAGAGCUACCGUAUUUUACUGGCUUUAAGGAGGUGCUCAACAAAACUAUCAACUCUUGGGAUGACUUAGAAUUAUAUUGUCCUAGCCCGCGAUUGCCCAGAUUAGCAGAAGAAAUUGAUAAAGAAAGGGGUGCAUUCUACAAAGGUGCUCAGGUUAGCCAGGUAAAUCUCUUCCAUGGUCACAGCAUUCCUCGAAGUCUAGAGAAAGAUGUCAGUGCUAAGGUUGGAAAUGCACUUAAGUUCCUGACGAAAGAAAACGUUUAUGAAAACUACCAAGUGAAAACCAUAACUGUCUCCUACGAGCCAGGAUCUGGCGCAACGACCCUGUGUCGCAGAAUCCUUUGGAGCAAGAAAAGCGAAUAUCGCUGCGCUGUGGUGAAAGCCAUAACGUCAUCAACAGAUUACCAGAUUGAGAAGCUACAAUGUAUUGGUUACGAUGAAGGAAAUAUCAACUUUUCUCGUCCAGCUCUGGUGCUUGUUGACAAUUUUCCUGAGAGUGAUGUGCGCCUGUUAACCGAGCAUAUAAAGAGGAGGCAGACAAGAUGCGUUUUACUAACUACAUUGCCAAUCUCAACGACAGCAAGCAAUUUUGAGAUUACUCUGAGAAAGUUGGAUGAGGAAGAGACUACUCGUGUGAAGAAUAUCCUAAUCAAUAUCACAGGCAUCGACAGUGACAGAAGACGAGAAGCUGAGCAGGUCCUGGAAAGAGAAAAGAGGUUCAUUUGGUUUGGGUUAGAACUUUUUGGACGGGAAUACCUAAAGAUCAAAGAGAGGCUUCAGAAUCACAUAGGCAACAUUCUAGGGGCCUUCCUUGGAGAACGAUUACAAGAGCACCAGGUGCUGCUUGAAAUGUGCUGCUUUUUUAACAAAUACAGUGAUGGCAACAUCAUCCUUCCGCAUUCACUAGUCCUGGACUUCCUUUACGUAAGGCUUUCUGGAAACAAAACGCAAUGUCCUGCCAUUCAAGACAUCCACGAAGCUUUUGGAGGACUUCUCCUUGAAGUGCAAGACGAAAAACAUGGUUACUAUGGCUGGCGACCCGCGCAUUCCCUAGUAAGUGAGGUUGUCACAUCGAGAAUAGAUGUCGAGGAAACCGCAAUUCUCGCUUUGGAAAAGGUUGUCCAAGGAAAAGCCUACGUGAUAAAGUUCUUAAAACAACAAGUCUUCAGGCUAUUCUUGGAUCGCAAAAGAAUAUGUGAUCCAGUUUUGCUGAAGGAGCAGGCAGCUGAUGAUGGUACCGUCGGCACCGAUUUGGAAAACGAGGUUUUUGGAUAUUAUGGAAGACGCACGAGAUAUUCCCCUGUUAUAGAGGAAAUUUUGGAAAGGGAAAGUAGCGUUCGAGAAGCUGGAGCAAUGAAGGUUCUUCUCACAGUAUGUGAACAGGCGACUCAAACGGAAGAAAAAGCCUAUGCUUGGCAGCAGUUAGCAAGAUUUAUGGGGUACGAGAUGCGCACAAACGUUAUGGAUGAAAAUGACAACCUGCAUGAAAGAUUGUACAAGGCCAUGAAGAAAGAAAGCACUAUUAAACAUCCCAUGCCCCGCAACGGAAUCGAUGCUGCUCACAAAGCUGUCGAUAUCGCUGUCUCUCUCCAACCCAGCUACACGAACCACUAUAACUCCAAAGGUGUUCUCUAUCUUCUCCAGCUCAAGGAUUACAAGCCUCCAUCGCUUCGCUCAUUACCCGAAGCAGUCGAAAUAUGCCGCAAAGCGUUGGAAGUUUACGACAAAGCUCUGGCAACGUCUAAAGGCCCAAAUCAUUUCCCAAUGAUCGGAAAAAUCCAAGCCAUUAUUCUACUACUUGAAAUCAUCAAGGAACUCUACUGUUUUCAUACUGAUGACAUGAAGUUCACGAGGUACUUAAAAGAAGGAGACGCUCCCCCGGAGGUGGUGGAGAUGCUUUCCUUUGAACAGCAAAAUUUCGUACAGAGUCUUAGUUCCACGAUACUGGAUGUACUCAACGAGUUGUUUGGAAGUGUGAAGAUCAAGCAAACGACCACUUAUGAUGAGAAUGAGAUACGAAGUCUUAACAAUGCGAAGAUAAGGGGGUCGAAUCUUCGGAGAAAAUUCUAUGAAAUCACUGGAUUGGACAAGACCGAGCUAAGCAGGGAAGAAUACUCAGUCUUGUUGUCUUCCCCUAGCCAAGAUCUUGCUCUUUAUCAACAGCAGGUUCAAGACAUUCUUUACAUUAAAGACGAGACCCCUUACAGUGCAUGGUCAAACCUUGAUAACAGUCAUGUGAAUUUAAUAUACCAACUUCUGAAAUCCCUUUGUCUUCGUGGUCAUGGCAGCCACAAUGACAUGCUAAUUUGUUCCAAGGCCUGUCUUCAUCUUGAAGAGAAACCACCGGUGGAGGACCUCGACAAAAUUGUCAAGAUUUUUGUGGAAAAGUUCCCUAAGUCAGAAUGGGCGAAUCUUUUCUACUACAUGAUUCACUUUCCUAUUCCUAAUGGUGGCCUCGCCCAAUACACUUUACAGACCAAGGAGGCAAUCAAGAAGUGUGCCAGCAUUGUUCAAGAAAAGGCAGGUUCCGGUUUUCGAAAAUCUGGCGCUGAGUACUUCCUUGGUAAGGGUACUGGACUCAACGCCAUUGUCAACAGUCAUGAGUUUCAGUGGCUGGAAAGAAAGUGGAAAACCAAAACACAAUUUUGGCGAGGCAAGGAACCUUCUGAGAAGUUGGAACGUGUGAAAGGUCAAAAGGAAGCAGGCAGAAAGGGGAUCAUUUCGUACCGUGGACUGCAGAUAAACUUUGACAACACCCUUUACCCAAACGAAAGUAAAGACGAUUUGUGGUUUUACCUUGGAUUUACUGUUGCUGGCCCUUACGCCUAUGAUCCGGUAGAUAGAGACACUUACGCCUCUUUUCAGAGGCAAGGUACGUCAAUACCUGCAACGUUUAGUGCAUUUUCCGAACGUUCAACUUACAGCAGCCAAUUGAGCAAUAACACUUUUAAUCAUGGUGCACGAAGAAAGGUUCGUUCAUUUCCAUCGCAUCAACCUCGAGCCAAGGACAUUGUGGUAGAAGACAACUGUGACCAGAACGAUUCAAGCGAUCCUGAUUUUAUCCAUGUCAUACCUCAAGCCUCCGAGGUAAAAACCGACUGGAUUACAGUGGGUGGUCGUUUCAACGCGCUGAUUGAAAGAGAUAGUGUUGUAAAUCCCCACAAGGAGUCUGAAUGGUAUGGCAACAAGCAGGAGUUAUCUCAGGACCGAUGGCAAACAGUCGAAAGGAGGAAAUCCAAGGCUACUGAAAGCCGUGCAAAAGCAGAGGGACUGAACGGCAGACGUGUUGUAGGACAGCUGGGCGCCAGGAAGGAAUACUUUGAUUUAAAACGUGAAGGCCGGGACGGAAAACUACAUCACGGAGCUUUUGUUUUGGGAACAAGGAAGUCAGAAGAGUGCCGUCUCCAUAAAUUGGGGUGUGAUAUCGAACUAACUGAUCGAUGUAACUUCGCACAUGGCUGGAGGGGCGAUACUCUUCAGUAUGUGUGUACGAAGUGCACGGAGGAAGACAAAACCUAUUGCAAAGAGAAACUCAAGCAUAAACCUUAUCACUGGAAUCUGGGUCCUUAUCUCAAUAAUCGCGGGGAAAUCUGGAAGGAUGAAAAAACG